AUGACGUACGAAAAAAAUGAUUUUCAAAAACAAUUACUUAUCGAUGCAUUUCGUCAUAGUAUUUUAAAUGAACAUGAAAUCUUAUGUUUAACCUCACAUAUUCAACCUGAUCAUGAUUCAUGUGCAAUAUUAGCAAGUUUAAUAUUUGCAGCCAAUUGUCGAAUAUGGCUUUAUCGAUUUUUAUAUUCAAAUUCUCAUAUUCAAGAUGUAAAACAUCUUUUUAAUCGUUUUUUAACAAUCAAAAGUAUUCCAGUUGUUCAACAAGUUUAUCAAGCUAUGUUAGCUGAUAUGACAUCGAAUUUUAAUAUACUUUUACAAGCGCUUCAAUAG